CUGUCGCUGCCAGGAUGUAAACAAACCAAGAGGGGAGAGUGACGAGGGAGGUGAGAGGGUUGCAACAUCCUGUAUCCCAGCGCUGCGGUCUUAGUGCAGACUAUUACAUUGGUGCUGACAUGAGUAUUUCCCCAUUACGCCAGUCUUCACGUCACAUGGUCUUAAGGAAGAUAACUGUGUCACGAUAACAGCUUUAGUUCUUCAUCAGUGUGGAAGUGGGGUGAGGACGGCGCCACAGGUGUGCAGGCACCAUUAAGGUAUAGAAUGUGGGUAAGGUGUCUCUCUGGCCUCCCCACCACUGAUAUCGCACCAGGUAUUCACACCCACAAUUUUAUUUACCCUGAGGAACUGCGAAUUCCCUGUUUUGUAGUUGCUAGACAGGUCCUGCGUCUCGGCUGUCCUCCGUCUGCCCUCUGCUUACAAUACAUGUGAGACUGGGAAGCAGACAACCAAGCAGAGGCCGCGAUAGUCUGUGUAUGGCCAUUCCGGCAAGACUCUCCCGCCUCUUAGCGAGUGAUAUAUUAAUCACUGACACACAUGUGAGCAGACACACGCACACUCAUUUCUGAGACGUGCACGAUGACGCAUCCCAACCCAGGCGUGGCUGUGUGGCGUUGUGUGGUGAUCCUGGCAGUACUCAUGACCGCAGCCAUGAGUCAGAGAAACCUCCUGCCUGCCCUUCCCGCCAGUCAGGACGACUCCUCCCUGGCUAACCUCUGGCGACACGGUCUUAGGAACCAAAGAGAUUCCAAUGGCGAGGCCCUGAGGAGUGAUGACCCGGCCCCGAAGACCUACCUAACGCCGCCUCACGGAGAGGUGAUGAAUUGGGUGCCGCAAGACUCCGCCCACCCCCUCUACGUCCCCGAGAAUGCCAACUUUCUGCGGGAGAUUCUGUUCGAUAACAUGGUACAGGUCGAAGUGAAGCCUGACGACCCCAGGAUGAGUGAGCCUAAAGGUCUGCAAGUGACUAACCUUAACGGGAAAACUCUCACUUUCACCAGGGAUGCCUCAGGUGUCCAGGUGGAGGGAAUCCCGGUGACUGACUCAAAGAUCAACGAGGACGGCACAGUCUCGUUCACGCUGCAGGAGAGUCUCUUCGGCCACCGCGAGAGGGUGAGGGAUGCGUGGGAGAAGAUGCCCAAGCCGUCUGCGAGAUUCGGGCCCUUCGGCGGCGGACACCCCAUGAACGCACCUCCUCCUCCUCCUCCUGAACCAUUCUAGUGAGGGCCAAGGGUUGAAAGGUGGAGGUAGGCAGACCGACAGGAAACACACACAGGAACAUCGUUGCCUUUACUUUCCUUCUCGCUAUCUGUUGUGGCCCUCUUGCAUUAAGGCCCAUAUUCUGAAACAUUUCUGCUCCGCACCUCCACAACUUACCUAAGGGUUCUGAAGGGUGUUUUUACGGUUCUAAUGGCAGAAUAACAAGAUUUCUACAUUAGUAACAGGAGAAAGACUCUUGAGAACCUGGCUUAUCAUCUCUGUGGCGUUAGAAAAUAGUUGUGGUAAGAGAGUAAAGCGUUUCUGGGUACGGACCUAAGACAGUGCUCGUGUUGCUUGUGUUGAGUGAGUAUCUGUUCACUGAGAGGACGCAUAGCACGUUCCUCUUUGCCUCACCACCACGCACAGUAUUCUUUGGCCUUUAUUAAUCAGUAUUGCCUUUGCUUGACGAGAAUAAAGCAUUACAAAAAUUA